UAGAGAAUUCAAAUUUAAAUAUAAGCUUCUCGCGCGUAACGUCAAUGACGUCAUAACCAUUGAAAUGCUCUUCUUUAAAAUUGUGUGAAAAUGCGCUGUAAUUUAAAGUCCUACACUCAAAUUCUCAUAUUUUGCGUAGAAAUGUAUAAGAUCAUGUGGUUUCACAGCAUUGGUCGAAUAUGUUAUAACGCUGUGAACUUGAGUGACGUGUUUCAUUUCAAUAAACUUAUUUACUUGUGAUGAACAGUCGUGUCAGCAACUGAUAAUUAAUAAUUAAGAGAAGCUAAACGUAUUCAUGCGAAUUAAAUUUUCAUUGCAAUGAAAUGCCUAUUCUAUUUUACUUCUGAGUAAUCUAACCUACGAAUUUUGAAAGCAUUGUGGAAUGAGUAGUAUUCUCAGUGUUUCAUAAGAAAAAGCCUACCUGAAACUAUAAUCAAAGGAAAGUAUAGUAUUGGAAUUUUUAAUGAAAUUGUAAAACAACUAUGAGAUCACAGAGAAGACAAGGUUUUCAAUACGGCAUUUACUUGCUGUUUAUGCAAGCUUUGAAUUUUGGUAUCGACAAAAUUCCACCAGCUACUUUGGGCACGAUUAUUGGGCAAGUCUUACUAUAUGUUGGUAUAAUAAAAGUUCCUUGGAGCGCAGAAGAUGUAUGCAUAUCUGCAAUAAAAGUAUUCAAAUAUAGGAACUGGAAAUCUUUCAUAAUAUCAAGCUUUGAACAUGGUUCUGAUAUGCACUUAUAUUACAAUAUGGUAUCUUUGAUUUUAAAAGGUUCCUACUUAGAACCCAAGUAUGGAACACCCAAUUUUUUUAUUUUAUUGAAUAUUCUUACACUUGGAUGCAGUGCCAUGUACGCAUCUUUAGGCUAUGCCUUAAUGCAAUUAACUGGAGAUUAUGGAUAUUACACUGAAUGUGCUAUCGGAUUCUCUGCUGUUUUAUUUGCACUGAAAGUAAUUGCAAUUUGUGAAGAACGAAACACAGUUCAUAAUGUCGGCGGAUUUACAGUUCCUAGUAAAAUUGCUGUCUGGGUAGAAUUGAUCUUAAUUCAUCUUUUGGUACCACAGUCUUCAUUGAUUGGACAUCUUGGGGGUAUCUUGGUUGGUUGCUUAUACUGUUACACUUUUAUUGGUGUAACCAUUGAUAAUAUAAUAUAUAAUUUGUCUGGUAUACCUAUUAUACACGAGGAAGAAUUUUACAGAAGACGUACUUCAUUGUUUACAUGACAUUUGAAAUAGGAAUAUUUUAAAUUUAAUAAUUUAUUAAUUUGGUAAUUAUUUUAAAGAAGUUGGAAAAUGUAAAUAAAUACGACUGGGUACUUAAAUGUGUUAUUAAGUUACUCUAGAGGUGAAGAAUUAUCUUAAGGGAUAAUUGUACAUGUAUGUAUAUAAGAAAGAAUGUAAUUUAUAUAUUGU